AUGUUGGCACAGAGGGCAGCGCAGCAGUCGCUGCGGCGACUAACCGCCCAAACCAUCACCGAAACCACCGAACACGACAAGAUCCUCGCGCAACAACGCCUCAACCGCCCCGUCGCGCCCCACCUCGGCAUCUACGCGCCCCAGAUCCCCUGGUACCUCUCCGCCCUGAACCGCAUCACCGGCUGCACCCUCAGCGGCGCCUUCUACGUCUUCGGCUCCCUGUACCUCGUCGCCCCCUACAUCGGCCUGCACAUGGAGAGCGCGAGCGUGGCAGCGGCGUUCGGCGCGUGGCCGUGGCUGGCGAAGGUGGCGACCAAGAUGUUCUUCGCGCUGCCGUUUACGUUUCACAGUUUCAAUGGGCUGAGGCAUUUGGCGUGGGAUACUACGCAUAUGAUUACGAACCAGAAGGUGAUUACGAGUGGGUGGACGGUGGUGGGGUUGAGUGUUGUUAGUGCUUUUGCUUUGACUUUUAUCUAG